CGCGUGCCGAUCAGAUGCUGUGCUGUCCUCUCCGACCACCUUUUUAUCUCUCUCGCUUCCCCUCGUUGGUUUUUCCCUCCCUCUCUCUAUCCUCUCGUCUCUCUCUGCCAGCAAAGCCAUUGUGGAAAAGCAUUGAAGGCAUCCAACUCUUCCUCCAGAUCAAUUACCCCGCCUCUAGCAGACCCCACCAUCUGCACGUAAUCAAUCAGUCUCGUUGUUUAGCCCGAGUCCGAUUCGAUCGCUCUCCACCGUCCCUCCAUCGUCGUCACCAAGCGUUAGCUAUCCCACUACUACAAUAAUGUCUGCUGGAUCAGUUCUCGUUGCCGGAGGAACGGGCUACAUCGGCUCCUUCACCGCCCUUGCCUUAAUCGAGGCCGGCUACAAGGUCGUCAUCGCAGACAACCUCUACAACUCGUCCGACGAGGUCAUCAACCGCAUUGAGCUCAUCUCUGGAAAGAGACCUGAGUUCGUCAAGGUUGACAUCACCGAGGAGGGUGCUUUCGACAAGGUCUUCGAGACCUACCCUGACAUCGACAGUGUCAUCCACUUCGCCGCGCUGAAGGCGGUCGGUGAAUCCAGCGAGCGCCCCAUUGACUACUACAAUGUCAACGUCUACGGCUCCAUCAACCUCCUCAGGUCCAUGCUCAAGCACAAUGUCACCAACAUUGUCUUCUCCAGCUCUGCCACCGUGUACGGUGAUGCCACUCGUUUCCCUAACAUGAUUCCCAUCCCCGAGGAGUGCCCUCUGGGACCUACGAACCCUUACGGAAACACCAAGGUCAGCGUCGAGUGGGCCAUCACGGACGUCAUCAACGCGGCACGCAACAACGCCAUCAAGGCCGGAAAGCCUGAGGAGGCCAAGAAGUGGAACGGUGCUCUGCUCCGUUACUUCAACCCCGCUGGUGCUCACCCCAGUGGUAUCAUGGGAGAGGACCCCCAGGGUGUCCCUUACAACCUGCUGCCCCUGCUGGCCCAGGUCGCGACUGGCAAGCGCGAGAAGCUGCUCGUCUUCGGAGACGACUACGCUUCCCACGAUGGUACCGCCAUCCGCGACUACAUCCACAUCCUCGACCUGGCAGACGGUCACCUGAAGGCCCUGAACUACCUGCGCUCUCACAACCCCGGUGUUCGCGCUUGGAACCUGGGUACCGGCCGAGGCAGCACUGUCUACGAGAUGAUCCGCGCAUUCUCCGCCGCUGUUGGCCGUGACCUUCCUUACGAGGUUGCUCCUCGCCGUGCUGGCGAUGUCCUUAACCUGACUGCGAACCCCACUCGCGCCAACACUGAGCUGGGUUGGAAGGCUCAGCUGCCUCUUGAGCAGGCCUGCGAGGAUCUGUGGCGCUGGACUAAGAACAACCCCCAGGGUUACAGACAGCAGCCCCCUGCUGAGCUGCUCGAGCAGCUGAAGAAGAAGAACUAAAAUCACAAGGAGUUGAUUGGUCUCCAGGUUC